UAGCAAUUAGUUUAUGGUUAGCACAAAACAUCUAGAAACAAAUCAAGAGAGUAGGACCCGAUAGAGACAAUAGUUUCUGGUCAUCCGUACGUCGUCUUCCUUGAAUGAAACCGGUGAGGGCCGUGCAAUUAGACACCAAAUCAGUCAGUCAAAUUGGGCAGAGGAAUGGCCCCUGUUUUUCAAAAUCCUAUCUUAUAACCACAUAGGAAACCCACGGCGCACGCCAUGCAUGGCAUUAAUCUCCCUCUCGAAAUACUACCGUCCAAAUUUCCUCCAGCACUUGGGAACCUCCCUCUCCCUCCUCACCAUCCCAUAUAAUACCAAAACAUAACCCAAUUCUGCAAAAGCAAGCUAGAGAGCAGCAAUUCAAGAAGAAGAAGAUUACAAUCAUGACGUGCUUCGUUCCAUUGAACAACCAGACUCUUGACAUAACCUUCAUCGUGCUCAGACCCACGGUGGUGAUCGUCGACGAAGCGGUGGAGCAUCUCAAACACUUCUCCUCCGCCGCGCGGGAUCUCGGCUGCGUCGCCAGUUCCAUACUCAAGAGCAUCCAUGGCAACAUGAUCUUAUGGUACGGAGCCUGGACUAAAGAAUCCGCCCAAAACAGAGACCUCCUCACCGCCGCCCUCGUGACCCUGCUGGCGGAGAUUCUGCAGGGGAAGGCGGUCCUGAUCGAGCGCGGCUUCUACGACGCCUACGCCGGGGAAACCAAAGACGGCUCGCCCGCCGCCAGAUUCUCCACCGGCGACGCCGUAUCCAUGAGCGUGGUCAUCCCCAGGCCCGGACGGCCGGCGGCGGCGGGGCAGAAUUGCUACGAGGAGGUGUCGUACGCUAACCUGGCGCUGUUCAAAUCCGGGUUUCGGAAGAUGGAAGGUGCCGUUUCCGGCGUGUGCCUCGGCUGCCCGGCGCUGCCGCGGCUGGCGUGUUUCUAUGUGUGGAAAUCGUUGCGGCACUGCUACUCGUGGGUUCUCGACUCCGACUGCCGCUCCGCCGCCUUGCCGUACCUCGACCACCUAGAUCUGGAUAUCAAGUACGAUGUUUUCCGGGUGGCAUACGUCCACGACGGUCGGGGUAGAUUUCCGGCCGGUCUUGUGGUUCCCACUCGCCGCCCUGUUUUGGAGAAUACAGCGCCAGGGAAAGAGGCUGCCGCCGCCGUGGGGCAGGUAGGGCGGCUAGAGGGCAAAUCGGAUAAGACAAACCAGAUUAUUAAAUAACAAUGUAAAUUAUACUUAAGGUGCAUUUGAUAUGAAUGAUAAAGGAUGUAAAAAGGGGUUGCAAAAUUUCAAUAUGAUGUUGGGCUUGGGCCUGAUACAUUUUUGUCAUAAGAUUUUUAUUGUUGUUAUCAUCGUUACAGUUAGUGUUUAGUUCAAUUAUAAUUAAG